AUGAAGAAGUUGCUAUAUAGAAACGACGAAGAGACAGUUGUCUAUGAUAAUGUAUUAGAAGGACUAUAUUCAUUAUAUAAAACAUAUAUUUUAGAAUUAGAAAAUGAAUUUAAUUAUUACCAUUUUUAUAAACCACUUCUCACAAGUGGUGACUUUUUAUCAAAACCUAUGAUAUUAUUAUUAGGACAAUAUUCAACAGGAAAAACAACAUUUAUUAAGCAUUUAAUAGAAAAAGAAUAUUGCGGAAUGAGAAUAGGUCCAGAACCAACUACAGAUAAAUUUGUCGCAGUUAUGUAUAGUGAAAAAGAACAAUUAAUACCUGGUAAUGCAUUAGUUAGUGAUAUUACUAAACCUUUUUCACAAUUAGAAAGUUUUGGUAAUAGUUUUCUUUCAAAAUUAGAAUGUUCAAAUACAAAUAGUGACGUAUUGAAAUCUUUAACAAUUAUUGAUACUCCCGGUGUAUUAAGUGGAAUAAAACAAAUAAGUCGAGGGUAUGAUUUUGAAAAAGUUAUAUAUUGGUUUGCACAAAGAGUUGAUUUAAUUUUGUUAAUUUUUGAUGCACAUAAGUUAGAUAUAUCUGACGAAUUUCGAAGAUGUAUACAAGCAAUAAAAGGACAAGAUUCAAAAAUUCGUAUUAUUUUAAAUAAAGCUGAUACUAUAAAUACACAACAAUUAAUGAGAGUAUAUGGAUCAUUGAUGUGGUCAUUAGGUAUUGUUAUAAAUACACCUGAAGUAAAUAGAGUUUAUAUAGGAUCAUUUUGGGAUCGGAAAUUAAUGUAUGAUGAAAAUAGAAGUAUUUUUGAAGAUGAAGCUUCUGAUUUAUAUAAAGAGCUAUCUAAAAUUCCAAGAAAUUCUACUAUGAUCAGAUUAAAUGAUUUUAUAAAACGUUGUAGAACAUUAAAAGUUCAUAUUUAUUUAUUAACUCAUUUAAGACAAAAAUUACCAUAUUUUAGAAAAGAUUAUAUAAAAGGUAGAUUAAUCAAAUCUUUAGAUAAAAUAUAUGAAGAUGUUGCAAGAGAAAAUAAUUUACCACUUGGUGAUUUUCCACCUGUUCAAUUUAUGAAAGAAAAAUUACAUGAUAUUGAUUGGAUGAAAAUACCAAAAUUAGAUACUAAAAAAAUUGAAAAAAUAAAUAAAGUAUUAAAUGUACAUAUACCACAAUUAUUAGAAAUGAUUCCAAAAGAGUCUGCUACUGUUGAUAUGUAUAAAGUUGGAAUAAAUGAAGGUACUAUUGUUGAAAAUAAAUUAACACCAUUUUUAGAGUUAACUUCUGGUGAAAUACCAUUAUGGGUUAAACAAAAAUAUUUAUUAAGUCCUAUAGAUACUUCAAAAUAUUCAGAAGAUUUUUACAAACUUGGUCCAAAUGAUUUUGGAAAAUUAUCAGGAGAACAAGUCAAACCUGAUUUGAUUAAAAGUAAAUUACCAAGUUCAGUUCUUCAUAAAAUAUGGAAUUUAGCAGAUAUAACAAAAGAUGGAUAUCUUGAUCUUUUCGAGUAUUCGCUAGCUAGACAUUUUAUCGAAAUGAAAGCUGAAGGAUUUGACUUACCCUCCAAAGUUCCUAAAGAUAUGAUAAAUUCUCACGAGUAUUAA